AUGGCGCCGAGAUCGCCUUCCCCCACCGCCGCAGCACACGCGCCGGCGCGGGCCUCGUCGACCCGCGACCGGAAGUCCCCGAAGAGGUUCGCCGACGAACCGCUCGCUGUCAUCACCAAGCGCCCUCGCGGUGGCUAUGGGGCGUCCGCCUCAGGGAAGAAGAAGAAGGCGACCAAGCGGAAGGCGGCGAACACGGCGAAGAAGACCAGGGCGACCACGACCAGGAGGAAGAAGGAUGCGCUGGCGGACGAGUGCGCGGACGAGCCGGACCUGGACGCGCUGGCGGACGACGAGGCCGACGAGCUCGCCGCCCUUGAAGAGGACGCGGGUGCGGGUCGUGAGGCGACCAGGCGAGUGGCUAAGCGGCCUGCCGCCAAGGCCAAAAAGUGGGAGGAGGGCGACCCGGAGUUCGUCGGCGCGCAGGUUCCCGCCGACGUGGCGCGCGCGAAAUGGCCCAAGCGCUACCAGCGGGACGGCAAGAGCACGAUUGGUGAGGAGGAGGAGGAGGUGAUGGCAAGGUGCCAUUACGAAGCAGCCAAGGUGGAAGAAAUCAUCUAUAAUCUGGGGGACGACGUCUAUGUGAGGGCUGGGGGGGAAAAGGCAGAUUAUAUUGGAAGGAUUAAUGAAAUUUUCGAGGGCACCGACAACGGACGUUACUUCAACUGCCAAUGGUUCUUUCGGCCCGAGGACACGGUGAUUUUGACUGCCAAGUUGGUGGAUGACCACACUCAUGAUCCAAAGCGUGUGUUUCUCUCUGACGAGGGAAAUGAUAACCCGCUGGACUGCAUUGUGUCAAAAGUCAAGAUAUUGCAAACUGAUCCCAAGCUUCAUCAGGCAGCUACAGCCCAACUAGUGGAGGACUACGAUCUUUACUAUGACAUGACCUACACCAUGGCAUACUCGACAUUUGCAAACGCCGUAAAUGGUAAUUGUUAUAUUAACGAAAGUUUAGGGAUUUCAUCUAAUGUGGAUUCGGAGGCUAACACCCUGCUGACAACAGCAGCGUUACUUGAUCUUUAUUCUGGUUGUGGUGGCAUGUCCACUGGAUUAUGCUUGGGUGCAGGACUAGCUGGCCUGAAACUUGAGACGCGAUGGGCAGUUGACUUUAACAGCCACGCAUGCAAAAGCUUCAAAUCUAACCAUCCACAGACCGAGGUUCGGAACAUGAAAGCGGAGGAUUUCCUCUGUUUGCUCAAGGAAUGGGCACUUCUUUGUGACAAAUAUGUUCACAGUAAUAAUGCUGGCGCAGCUCCUCCCACGGAGGAUGAGGAAGAGGGUGAACUUGAAAAGGAUGAGUUUGUUGUAGACAAGCUCACUGAAAUCUGCUAUGGUGGUGCUGAUAGGAAAAGUUGCAUCUAUUUCAAAGUCCAGUGGAAAGGAUUUGGCCCCGAAGAGGAUACUUGGGAGCCCAUUGAAAAUCUUUGUGAUUGCCCACUGAAAAUAAUGGAGUUUGUUCAAGAAGGUUACAUACGAAAAAUCUUGCCUUUGCCUGGUGAUGUAGAUGUCUUAUGUGGGGGCCCGCCUUGUCAAGGGAUAAGCGGGUUUAAUCGGUAUAGAAACCGUGACGAACCACUAAAAGAUGACAAGAACAGACAGAUAGUCAUCUUCAUGAACAUCGUUUCUUAUCUGCGGCCAAAAUACGUUUUGAUGGAAAACGUGGUGGAUAUCCUUAAAUUCGCCGAUGGAUAUUUGGGUAGGUAUGCAUUGAGCCAUUUGGUGGCUAUGAAAUACCAGUCCCGGAUGGGAAUUAUGGUAGCGGGCUGUUACGGUCUUCCACAGUUCAGAAUGCGCGUCUUCCUUUGGGGUGCCCUCCCUACAAUGGCGCUCCCAAAAUAUGCUCUUCCGACUCAUCACGCCGUUGUACGAGGUGGAGCGCCAAAUGCAUUCUUUGAAAACAUUGUAGCGUAUAACGAAACUCAGAAGCCAAACUUGGAAAGGGCAUUGGUUCUUGACGAUGCUAUUUCAGAUUUGCCGGAGGUUGGUAACGAUCAACCUAGUGAUGUAAUGGAAUACCUUGUUGAACCAAAGACGGAAUUUCAGUGCUACCACCGCCUUAGUCGCAAAGAAAUGUUGGACUGCUCAUUUGGAGAUAUAGCUGGUCCUGUAGAAGGAAAGCUAUUGGAUCACCGGCCUCUAAAGCUGAACAAAGAUGAUUUCGAGCGUGUGAGGCGGAUACCAUACAAGAAGGUUGGGGCCAACUUCCGUGCCUUGGAAGGUGUAAGAGUAGGGCCGAAUAAUGUUGUGCAGUUUCACCCUAAUAUUCCACGAGUUUACCUUGAGUCGGGCAAACCAUUGGUUCCUCAGUACGCGAUGAAUUUUGUGGGGGGCAAGUCUUUGAAGCCAUUUGGACGACUAUGGGGAGACGAGACAGUUCAAACAGUUGUGACCAGAGCUGAGCCACAUAAUCAGGCUAUACUGCACCCAAGUCAGGCGCGUGUGUUGAUUGUUCGCGAGAAUGCAAGGCUGCAGGGGUUCCCGGACUAUUACCAAAUGGACGGACCCAUCAAGCAACGGUACAUGCAAGUCGGAAAUGCGGUGGCUGUGCCUGUCGCCCGAGCUCUGGGUUACUCUCUGGGCCUCGCAUACCUGCACAAACACGAUGGGAGCAGCGACCCGCUGUUUGUGCUGCCCGCCAACUUCUUCAACCCGGGGCAGACCGAGGCCAUCGCGAGGGCUUCAUCGGUUGGAUUGCCUGCAGGCAAGGUUGACGAGGAAUAG